CCAAAGAAAUAAAUAAAAUUCGUCAACAUUAAAAAAAUAUGCUUACGCAGCUUCAUCGCCUCACACCGCUGAUCUUACGACGAACAGCCGACUUAGCGCAACACCACAGCUCCUCAACUAUCUGCGCACAAUCCCUGCAGUACUGCGAAUAUGGCGAACCUGGUGAUGUGUUGCAACUCGUCGAAGUGAGUGUAGGCGAGCCCAAGGCUAACGAAGUGCUUGUGCAAAUGCUCGCCGCACCCAUUAAUCCCUCGGAUAUCAACACCAUACAAGGGAAGUAUCCGAUAAAGUUACCCUUGCCUGCAAUAGCCGGCAAUGAAGGCGUGGCAAAAGUUCUAAAAGUCGGCGACAAUGUGAAGAACUUCAAACAAGGACAACGCGUCGUUAUCGUGGAGAAUGCGUUGGGCACAUGGCGUACACACGGCAACUUUGCGGAACACCAGCUGAUGUGUGUGCCGAAUAAAAUUGACUUAGCCACAGCGGCCACACUGGUUGUGAAUCCACCGACCGCAUAUCGCAUGCUGAAGGACUUCGUGCCACUCGCACAGAGCGAUUGCAUAAUACAAAAUGGCGCCAAUAGUGCUGUGGGCCAAUUGGUACAUCAGCUGUGUAAAGCAUGGGGUCUCAAAUCGAUUGGUGUGGUGCGUGAUCGUGCCAAUUUCGAUGAGCUCAAAACAUAUCUUCGACUACUCGGUGCAACGGAAGUACUCACCGAAGAGGAAUUGGCGCAUAAGGAUGUCGACAAGAAACUCUGCAAGCUCGCCAGUCCACGGUUGGCGCUCAAUUGUGUUGGCGGUAAGAAUGCUUCGAAUAUUGCAAAGCUUCUCGCGCCCAAAGGUGUUAUGGUCACAUAUGGCGGCAUGUCGCGUAAGCCGGUGAUGGUUUCAACGCCAGCGCUUAUAUUUAAAAAUAUCUCAUUUUGUGGCUUUUGGAUAACACGUUGGAUGAAGGAACACAAGGCUAAGCCGGAGCGUGAGAAAAUGUUCGCCGACCUCUUGGAGUUGUUGGACCAGGGCAAAUUGAAAAGUGUGAAGCAUGAGUUGGUGCCAUUAAAAGAUUACAAAGUGACGGUCACAGCAGCUCUAGACAUUAAAGGCUUGGUUGGAAAGAAAUACAUAUUUGACAUGCAGUGCUGAGCUAGAAAUAAAUGUUUUUUUGUUUUUUCACUAAAUUACCAAAUUGGUUCUUUGAAAAUGUGGAACUGUUUAUGAGUUCUCUUCCAGAAAUACACCUUCGAGAACGCUUUAAGUCUUCCAAACCUCCCUCUGUCGAGUGCAUAACUUUCGAAAGUCUGCGGCAAAUACCCCAACAAGUUUUCUCAUAUUCGAAACUAGGAAUACUAAAAAGUCCUCUGAUUAAUAGAAGGAACUACUAGGGACUGCACCAAUAGUGAGUGCCUGAUUGACGUGGCUGAACUACAGCUGCAGAGGUUGCCGUAAGCUUCGAAGCUAGGACAUUAUUCUCCGCAAAGCUCAUCGGACAUAACUUUAUUCCUCACUGCACAGAAAUGGCUUAUGAUUUCUAACUAACUGGUCUAGCAGCUUCUCCUCUGCUAAUAAUUCUGCAUGAAUUAGACCAUUCGGAGCAAUGGUUUUGGAACAGGAGAGCAAUAAAUUAUAUCGGGACAUUUCACAAUCUUCUCUCACAGGGAGAAUAUUUAAAGCAAGAUCUAUAUCUUAGAGCUUAGUAUCAAUAUUUCGAGUCUCUUUUAACUAAGUUUUGGGUUAAACGCUUCGGAUUAAAACAUCCCUAAGGAAAGUCAGUAUUAAUAGGGUCAGCCAUCUUUGGGAUCUUUGGGAAAAAUGAAGCGUGUGGAUAUUAAGUUUGACGACCGAGCCUAACUGGGUACUACCCGAUCGCUGACAACUUUGAAUAUGAAGAGCUUUCGUCUAAUCGAAAAUAAGUCCAUCUGCUAUUGCAAGAGUUAGAGAAAUUUUACAAAACCUCGGUGAGCAUUUCUACAAGCGACAUUAGUGAAACUCGCAAAAUUAGAAGCUUUCAGGCUCUACGAAGAUUACAAAACUAAUACGCAUUGAAGAUCACAUACCUUCUCUAAAGAGUCUUGGGGUUCAAAUUUGAUUUAUAACCAUCGCUAAACAAUAGACGUCUUCGGGAAUGGUCCGUGUUUCAGAAAUAUGACUGACGGAUCACCCCACAGCCUAAACCAAUGAUUGUAGAUACCCGGAACUUAGAGGGUGUGCUCUGCGUAUGACGCAUGCAACCGAUAAGAAAAGAUUUUCCGGGAGAGGACCUGGGACUCUGGACCGAAACAACGUAAACCAGCCUAAUUAAUCCACGGGUUGCAAAGAAGUACAAAGAUCUCCCAGCUGGUGGAGAGAUCAAGAUGAGAGAAAUUUCGCUUAGCAACGUACAGUCUUUGGCAUUAUGUCACCACGAGGGAAGAAAUGGUUGACUUGCUAAUGUGAAUACAGCCCACAUUUACUAGGCACAAGUACUAAAUGCGUUUCAGCCAUUUCGCUGAGCUCCGGCUCAUACAAAACCCAUACACGGUAUUCCAGAAAUUGCGGCUUAUCAGUUAUUAACGCAUGGAGAGUUAGUAGUACGGCUACUGGCUAGAUCAAUUUCUAAAAAAGUAUUUGGGUUUCCGCUCUAUAGGAAAAUGCGAAAAUCUCCGAGGUAUUUUAAUGCUUUAUAACCAAUCUUACAGUUAACAGCCGAGCUCCUCAACAGAUUUUGGUGUGUGUUUAGAUGUUCCAUUCGCCUGAUGAUCUCAUAUGAUCACUUCAAACGAAAGAAGCAUAAAGCUUCCGAAACCGUUUUUAAUUUAUUUAUGCCAUUUGCUGUCAACUGAGACCUUGAAACCAGAGGAUUUCUUUGAAAAGGUCGGCAGUAAAGAAAAAAGCCAAAACCAUAACUUUUUGCCCCAUGAGUGAGAAAACAUCCGCCUCUCUACUCACAGACCCAAAACAAAAACAAAAGCAACCAAAUUCAACAUUUUUUCCCAGCUUUUGCGUUGUUACCUUCUCCUUUGGCUACCUCCGAUUGCCGCCUUUUAAUAUUUUUAUUUUUCAUUUUUUUAUUUUUUUUUUUUUUUUUNUUUUUUUUUUGUUUUUUUACUUUUGCUUUCAACAUCUUCCACUUAAAAUGCGUUUUAUUUCGUUUGCGUGGGAACGUGGCGCAAAAGAGGAAAUACCGUUGCAUGUCAGCUGGUAACUACCAACUAAGCUGCAGUGCCCAAGGCGUACUAUGAGAAAAUACAUACUGGUACAUAUAACGGUGUAUAUUUGUACCGCUCUGACUGGCUGGCAGGCGGACACGAUGGGUUGGCAGGAAGUAGCAGCAAAUCGCCAAUAAUCCUCCAGGUCAUCAAUGGGAAACCAAACAAAGUUUGGCGAAACAUGAACGAAAGCUAAGAAAUUAAGCCGGAAAGGCAACUGUUGGUGUUGAAGAAUAGAGUUUUGAACUCGAGGAUAUAUGUAUGAAUGACUGUAUAUUUAAAAGGCAGCUGAAACUGAAAUUAACGUCGAAAGCAUAACAGCGAAAGCCUUACUGCUGCCAGCAGCAGAGCAGAGAAGCAGGUGCGAUUCACGAAAAUAAAGCAAUAAAUAAUGGCAAAAGAAUAAAUGGCAAAAUGUAAAAGCAAAAAAUUAAUGGAAGUCAAGAAGGGUUAUAUGCAAACAUUUGUAUACCGAAUAAUAAAAUGUGAAAAAAUUAAAAAAAAAAAAUGAAAUAAAAAUCAGCAAAGGCAUACCACUGGAAUUCACUACCUGCCAUUUCUCGGUUUAGAUUUUUAGUGCGCCGUCUUGAAAUUCUCGUAAAAACACGCGAUAUUUACUUUAAAUUCAUAUAAGAAUUUAUUUUAUUCUUUUCCUUCUUUUAUACAUUUUUUAUUCGUCUUCUCGCAUUGCCAAAAAGUUGUAGAGUUGCAUUAAUACAUAUGUGUUUACAGUUGUUCGUACAACUGUUUGUAUGUGCGUACAGGCAUACAUAUAUGUACUACAAAUAUAUACGUCCGCAUAUGCGGUAAAGUGUGAAAAGGGUUUAAAAACCUGUUGGAGCCAUGAAAAUAAUGGUGGCUUAGUCAUACGCUGUUUUUGCGCAACUCUCUUUUAUUGUUUCUUUCUUCACAGCAGUAAAUUAAGUUUAAUAAUAAACGACAGUUAUUUCAUGUGCGAACGAAAAUUCCCUUUUAUUGCAAUUUAAAUACGUAAACUUUUUAUCAAUUGGCAUUUU